AUGUCAGACAAACACAGACAGCAACAAACCUUUCAAGUAAUGAGGCAGAAGCACCUCGGCCUGGGCACUGAAUCCACAACACGUGAAGAAUGGCAAACUCAUGUGCGCAGAGAUACCUACUACAGUUUAGCAUCACAUAGUGCAAGCCUGGAAUAUUUGACACUGGCGCGAUCUCAUGAGAGUAAGAAGGUCACCAAAUUAGAAUUGAUGGCCAAAAUGUGCACAGACUUUGGCAAGAGAAAACCAGACAAUGAACUAGAAAAGAACAGAUGA